GAUGGAGACAAGUUCUGGAGGAUGCCUGAGUGCUAUAUCCGUGGCAGCACCAUCAAAUACCUGAGGAUCCCUGAUGAAAUCAUUGACAUGGUGAAGGAGGAGGUGGUGUCCAAGGGCAGAGGUCGUGGUGGGAUGCAACAGCAGAAGCAACAGAAGGGCCGUGGGGUUGGAGGAGCUGGACGAGGUGUGUUUGGUGGCCGUGGCAGAGGCAUCCCAGGCAGUGGAAGAGGCCAACAGGAAAAGAAACCAGGGAGACAAUCAGCCAAGCAGUGA